UCAUCGAGUUUCGCAAUGUCAUAGUUGUUUAAGAUAUGAAACGUGUUUUCAAGCCGAUCUGAUCAGAACUUGUCUAUCUAAAAAAACGUGCAUGAACGUGAUCUAUCUAAAAUGACUAUCCUUCACGUAUGGUUUAAUAUUUAAGUGCUGGUUACAAAUGGAGAUAGUUCCAAGUUUUGUGGUGUUCUUCCUCUUAUACAAAGCUACGAAAGGUUUCGAUUUUGAUCCAUGUGUCAACCACACAGAGCUGAAGAUAGGAGGUUCUCGCAAUGAAAAAUGUAAAGCGUCUGAAAUUCAACUUGACAGUCGAAAAUGUGAUCAGGAUCUGCCAUCUGAUUGGUACGUGACCGCAAAUGCUACUCUACUUACCGAUUCUCCUAUACAUGGCAAUUGCGGCGCGGAUACUGCUCUCUGGCUGAAGGAUGCACUUCCUGGUGUAUCUGAAGGCAUUGCAAACAAAACCAUAUGUGCAAAAGAAGGAAACAAUACUUGCUCCAAUCAGUUCAAUAUUCAGAUCAAGAACUGCUCUACAUUUUACGUCUACUAUCUGGAGAGGUUGUCAGAAAACUUUACUUGUCCGACUGCGUAUUGUUUCGAGUCUACGGAGCCAUGCACACCUCCUGCAACAAUAAUACCGACUGCUUCGACAGGCGUGACAAAUAUACCAACAGUUACCGCCGCGACAACCGCAUCGACAACUGCUACUUCGCAAAAACUAUUCACAACGUCACAGUAUCGUAACAUAAGCACUCUUGGCAUAUUACCUGAAGAAGACAAACCAGUGAAAUCGUCGCUGAUUAUUCCUCUUACCAUCAGUUUAUCGACCAUAUUCAUCCUGGUGAUAGUAAUAAUGGUGAUAGUCCUCAAGAUGAACAUCUCAAGUCCAAUAUCCCCCCUUGAAGAGACUGCAAAAAAAAGAUAAUGAAUUCGCAACCAGUUUUAACGAACAUAUUAUUAACAUUGAAAUUGGAUUGGUUUUAAUCAAUGAACCAUCCAUAGCUUUGUUCUUUUGUCUUAGAUAUGAACUGGUUUUAUUAUUAUUAUUAUUAUUAUUAUUAUUAUUAUUAUUAUUAUUAUUAUUAUUAUUGUUAUUAUUAUAUAAUUCUCUGAAACAUACAAUAAUAAAAAUUGAGAUCAAACGGUCAAUGAAAAGCAUUUGGGUUGAAACAGGUUUAAAAGCUGUGAAAACCUGACACUUACUCCAGCAUUAAAACAAAUCAAAGCGCCGAAGGCACUGAAGUUGUUCGCUGUUGUCGUCCUUGAUUAGCUUGUGCGCAUUGCACAGGCUAAUCAGUGUGCACUGGCUUAUCUUAUUUGACGUGCAUUAAGCCCCGUUUUCCCUGAAAGCAACCAAUAAGUACAGAUUUCAAUGAUAAACAAUAGACUGGCCAAUGUCAUCUUACAAGCUGGUAUAUACACUCACUGCUAGAGCAGAAGCAUUUAUCGUCUGCUGCAGAUAGGCAGCGGUAAUCUUUCCUAGCAGAGUGAGUUGCGGUUCUUUUCGUAGCUAAGGCUUCUAAGCACAUACUGAUUUGCAAAAUAUGCUCUGUAAAUUUAGUCGGCCGCUAACGCGACCAACUAAAAAUUUAUGCAUGAAAAAAUAUAUUUUUAUCAGGGUGCUUUUAAAAAAUGUAUCAGGUUAGUGUGCCCUAACCCUCUAGUGUAUACCAGACAUUUUAGUUGACGAGUUAAGCCCUGAACUCCUAAGUUAAAAUACUAACAUGUCUGCAUUUUUCAAUAUACGACAAUAUAAUAUAAAUAUAAUGUAUAAAGAAUAUAUAAAAAAUGAAAUGAUAAAUGUGUUAAUUAUUUUAUUAAGAGUAUACUAUAAAUGUAUGCAUAACUGUACUAAAAAAAUACAUAAAGAUUUUUUUUUUUAGUUUUGUAGAUUAAUGUACUUGACAACAUUGACAACAUUAUAUUGUUACGGAACGAUUUUCAAAGUCUUCCGCAUUGCUUUAGCCAUAUGAAAUAUAUAACAGAAUUAUUAAAAUAACUUAUUUAUAUCAA